AAGUCAAGUAACUCUCAAUAACUACUUGAGUACUACACUAGAUCAAAUUAUAGAUAUCUAAUGUCUCUUUCCUUCCAACAAUGUCUUAUUUGCUAGAUCAAGUAUUCCCAAGGUUAAUUCGUGCGUCAGAACCGUUGUCGUUGACAAGCACCCUCUAUUUCAAAAAGUUUUCUAGAUGUAUCAACACAAGUAGUUUUUUAAAUCAAGAAAGCCCGAACCAGAAUUACACAGUCAGUAAGGUUUAUGAGAAUCGAAAUCCAAGGAAUCUAGAAAAACUUGGUCUUGCUCGAAAGAGAUUGGGCUGGAGGUUCCAGGCACCUCGAAGAGAUUAUUAUCACAAAUUGGUAAUAUCUCGUUCAGUACGACAUACAGAAGCAUGGAUAGAACAUUUUACAGGUGACACUGUCCUCAGUGCUAGUACCAAAGAAUGGGCCAUCAGGAAUCAGCUUUUCAGUUGCAACGAUCUAUCAGCCUGUGUGAAUGUUGGGAAAGUACUUGCACAAAGGUGUUUAGAAAGUGGUAUUACCAGCGUCUUCUUUGACCAAACAGAGUCAGGGUCAUCCUCAUCAAGGGUCCAGUUAUUGAUUGAGGAGUUCAAAAAGGCGAACAUCUCCCUUACGGAACCAGAGAUGAUUCAGCCUGAGCCUAGCCCUGGCAUCAAUUAUGAAGGUUAUAACAGAUAUGCAGAACCAAAUGUUUAUCAAGAAAACUACCAAGAUAUUUAAAAUGACAAUGAAAAUGUAAUUAGAAAAAAAAAAACUUAACAAAAUAAUUUUGUUUUUCUUAUUUCUUUUAAUAUUUUCAUUUCAUAAAAAGUAAUGUAAAAAAAAAUAAUAUUUUUUUAACAUCAAUUCCUAUUUUAUGAAACUGA